UAACGCAGAGCCUCCAUUUCUCCUCUCCUCCUCCGCCUUCUCUUCUCCCUCCUUUCCCCUAUACAUACACUCUUACAUAUAUUUCAUCCUUCUUCUAGGGUCUUUCUUUCUUUAUCCUUGUCCCUCUGGUGGUCGGUACGAGAGGAAGAAGUAGUAGAAGUAGACGGAGCCUUGAAGUUUUCGUUCUCUCUUUCGUUUCAUCGGAAAUGAAGAAGGAGGACUGAACCAAUUCUAGAAUCGGAAAAUAACCACAGAUCGGAAUCGGAAACCCACCGUUGCAGAAACCCGAAACCGGAUUUUCUCUUGGGUAAAUGAUGAGGUAUCAGAGAGUCAGCCCAGAUUGUCUUCCUCUCACCAAUGGCAAGAAGCCCUACUUGAGACCUUCUCCUUCACGAGCACCAAAGGAAGACGCCACCGCCGAUAAAGGCAGAGCAACUUCCUCCGCCGCCGCCAACGGAACAUGCACGAUCGCCAGUUCGGCCGUCGACGGAGUUUCCAAGGGCUUCCGAUUCAGAUCCCAACAAGAUCCUCACGAUCCUAACCCCACCCCCAGUCCCGGCGGCGUCAGCGGAGACGUGCUGUUGCAGUGGGGACAACGGAAACGUUCUAGGGUUUCUCGGGCUGAGAUCCGAUCCGCCGCCGCCGCAGCCGAUGAUUCCUCGUCGUCGUCGGGACAUGGGAAGGUAUCGUCGAACAAGCUGCAGAAGCGAUCGGCGAAUCCGACAAUGCCGCCGCCGCCGCCGCUUCUCUGCGGCGUAUCCUCCGGUCGGAGUACGAACCCUAGAAACGGUUCCGUCAGAAACAAGGAAGCUACAUCUGGAUUCAUCGCUGCCAGGAAUUUAGAAGACCGAUCCGCCGCCGCCAUCGGUUCGCCGGCGAGAAAUCUCGGCGGCGAAGGCGGCCGUGCGGUGUCCAGAUCGGCGGCCGGAACUAAGCGAUCUCCGCCAUCUCCGGACAAGAUCGAGAAGAAAUCAAAUGGCAAGGAUCAUCAUCAACAACAGAGACAAAACGGGUUCGACCAUCAUCAGCACCACCGUGUGAACCGAUCGGAAUCAACAGCUCAGGCUCUAUUGGAGCACGAGACGAAAAACAACAAUGGCGAGAAAACGGCGCAGGUGGAAAUGAUGGAAUGGCCCAGGAUUCACAUUGCCCUGUCUAGGAAAGAGAAGGAAGAAGAUUUCUUGGCGAUGAAAGGGACAAAACUCCCACAUCGGCCCCGGAAACGGGCGAAGAACGUUGACAAAGCCCUCCAGUAUUGUUUUCCAGGGAUGUGGCUGUCUGACUUGACCAAGAGCCGGUAUGAAGUUAGAGAGAAGAAAAGUGUGAAGAAGCAGCAAAAAAGAAGGGGUUUGAAAGGCAUGGAGAGUAUGGACACCGACUACUCCGAGUAGGGAAAGAUGGUGUAUCUUUUCGCACGUGCUGGUUGCAUUUUACGCACGUGCGAGUAG